UAAUAAAGGUCAGAGGUCGAGAGUAAACGCAUGAGAGGGUAUGUAACGCACUUGGCGAGCCAAAGGAGUGUUUUGCAUCCUUACUGCGGCCUUGCUGCUUCUGAAUUCUCAACGACAGACUGUCACCUGUCUAAGCGCACCAGUUGAAGACAGAAGAAGACCAUGGCCGGUGAAGAGGAAUCAGGAAACCAAGCCGGGAGCACCCAGCCGUAUUCCCGCUGGCAGUCGGACUUGGACAGUGUCAGUGUCAACACCGAGGGGCAGGCACCACGUGUUGUAGGGGGGGAGGGCAGCUGGCAGACGGGGGUGAAAGGAAUCGUCAUCAAAAUCCUCAUCAUCAUCCUUAUCUUUAUGUUCGGUCUCGUCAUCGGCUACAUCAUACGGAGAGAGGUCCAUAAGAAGAUAUCCUCUUCCAGCGGUGGAAUGUUGCAGGACUAUGAUGAAAAGAUUGCACAACAGCUGCUUCAAGAGGUGAGUGUGGAGGAGCUGGAAGAACAGCUGAGACAUUUCUCCACAGCGCCGCACCUGGCAGGGAUGCAGGAAGUAGGGAUCAUGGCUGAAGAAAUCACCAGUCUGUGGCAGAGCUGGGGGCUGAACACAACAGUCAGGUCUUACUACGUACUCCUGUCCUACCCCGAUUCAACAAACCUGAACAAAGUGUUCCUGAUGAGCGGUGACAGUGUGACAGAGACGAUAACCCUUGAUGACGCCCAGUCUCCCCGCGAUAGCACCGUCCCGCCCUACGCUGCAUACAGUAAGAGUGGGACUGUGACGGGAAAACUUGUCUACGUGAACUUUGGGCGUGGAGAGGACUUUCAUUUCCUGGAAAGUCAAGGGGUCAACUUGACUGGAAAGAUAGCGAUUGCUCGCCUGGGGCAGGUGUAUGUCGGGGAUAAAGUCAGGCAUGCUGAGAUGGCAGGUGCAGCCGCUCUCUUGCUGUAUCCUGAUCCAGCACAGUACCAACCGGCGGGAGCGGACAGGGGAUGGACGCUACCGGAAGACGGCAUAUUCCGAGGUGACGUGCGCAUCACCUAUGGUGACCCUCUGACCCCAGGGUAUCCUGCUCUGGAAGGGAUGUUCCGUUUAAAUGAGAGUGAAGCUGACCUGCCUGGCAUUCUUGUUCAGCCAAUCAGCAUAGCUGAUGCAAGGAAAGUCUUGGGAGUCUUGGAUGGAACUACUGCCCCACCUGAUUGGCAGGGAAUGACACAACAGAUAGACCUGAGGGAUGGGAACAACAAACAAAUAAGAGUGCAGGUCAAUAACAAACAAUCAAUUAAGCAGAUAAAGAAUGUAAUUGCAUCCAUUCCAGGAGCUGUUGAGCCGGACAGAUACGUUGUCGUCGGCAACCAUCGUGACGCCUGGACCUACGGAGGUGUGGAACCAAGCACAGGUACCGCCUGCCUCAUGGAGCUGAUGCGUACGGUUGGACUGUUACUGAAGAAAAACUGGCGCCCAAGGAGAAGUAUCAUAUUUGCCAGCUGGGAUGGAGGAGAAUUCGGACAGAUUGGGUCCACAGAGUGGGUGGAGGAGAAUAUCAAAGAGAUGGGAGAGAAAGCUGUGGCCUAUCUCAACUUGGAUGGAGCUGUGAUCGGGAACUACUCCUUCUAUGCAGAAGCUAGCCCACUUCUGCAGAAGGUUGUGCAAGAUGCUAGCAAGACUGUUAGGGAUCCUCAUGGGGUCUUCAGUGUGUACAAUGAAUGGGCCGAAAAAUUUCCAGUAGGACCUAAGACACAGUCCCCAAAAGUUGACCUCCUUGGAGCUGGCAGCGACUACGCUGCAUUCCUACUCCAGGCAGGGGUGCCAUCUCUGGACCUUCAGUAUACUUUGGACCCUGGCUUUAACGUGUCCUUCUACCCAGUGUAUCACACAGUGUACGACACCUUUUACUAUGUGAAAAACUUCAUUGAUCCUGACCUGUCUUACCACAGGGCAGUAACCCAAGUUCUUGGAAACACAUUGCUGAGGCUGUCUGAUUCUACCCUCCUGCCGUUUAGUCUAGCUGGGUAUGCCAAGAUGAUUGAAGACUUCAUCAAUGCAGCAGAGGCUUCCUACAAAAACAGCUUUAAACAGCAGGGGCUGGAAUUACAGUUCAGCAAGGUAAAGGUUGUUGCUGCGGAGUUUGCGUUGGCAGCCGCCUUGGUGGAAGAAAAUGCUGGAAAAACAGAUCUCAGCAACCCCCUGGGAGUUCGACGAGUCAAUGAUAAGAUGAUGCAAGUGGACCGCUUGUUCUUGACGCCCGGCGGUGUCCUCGGAAAACCACUCUACAAACACCUGCUGUUGUCGCCCAGCAAGAACGACUGCCUGCAGCUUGAGGAGGGAGUCUGCCAGUACAGGGGGAAAACCUUCCCCGGACUGUUCGGUGCAAUGAGGGAGGUGCAGUCCACAGGGAAGUGGGCUGAUGUGGAGAAGCAGCUGUCAAUCAUCAGUAUAGCUAUCCAAUCAGCAACUGAAUUUUUGAAAAAAUGAUAUGAUAAUUGAAAAAAGGAGACAGAAAGCUCUUUUGUUAUCAUCAAGGAGGUUGAAAAAAGACCUCCUUGUUAUCAUUUAUAAAUCUUUGAUUUACUCAUUACUGUAUAAAUUUUUGUUUUACUGUGUUCUCCUGACAGUUAAGACUUUUAUUUCACUUUCAGGUGACAAUAGUUUCAAUUCUUAACGAAGUGAAUGUUCCUUAUGACUAGCUUUUGGAUUAUUUUUGUGUGCAAUGAUUGCAGCUGUAGCAUGUAAAUUUACCAGUGAAUCCAUCUUUCAGCAUGAGGAAUUGGUGUAAAGAAUUUGUGACUCAACAUUCAGUGUAUAUUGUUCAGGCAGCUCAUUAGUUAGGCCUACCUUGUCGUGCAUAAUAGGCUAAUACUGGUAGACAGGGAAUUCUUAGUCAUGUGUGAUGUUUCUUUCUCAGUGUGCUUUAACCAUAUCAUGUGCCUUUAGAGCACAAUUAGGAGCUGAUUGUAUUGUUUGAGAUGCAAUAUGAAAAAUGGUUUUAUUUAUCUCAGUUAGUUAUAUGCAGGAUUGUUAUAUGCUUGACUCUAAAACGGUAUUUAUUAUGUUCUAGUUUAUUGUCAGAUUGACUGAAAGCCUGCAGCAAGACAAUGUUGGAAGGAUGGUGUCAUCCUUAAAUUUGUGUUCUAUUGUAGAAAAGGUUGAAGUGUCAAUGUACAACACACAAAAUCUGGAAAGUUUGUGUCUUUGGAUGCAUAUUUUUAUGUUAUGAGUUUAUUUUUUGUAGCUAUAUUUAUUGAUAUGUGCAAUGCUUAGCACUUGGUUUCUUAGGUAUCCAGUAUGAACAAUACCAAGUAUACUGUGUGGAGAGCUGCCUUUUUGUGUGAGAUAAACUUGUGCAUUAAAGGUGUGGCAUGACGGCUUAUUAACAGGU